GGAGGUGACACCCCAGCAGCCCACACCCAGGCCACCCACAGGCCUCCAGGGCCAGCCGGGACCCUCACCGGGACCUCCCUUCCCCGCAGCCCCCCGGGCUGGGAGCGGGUGCCCUCCCUGGGGGCUGCAGCCCGGGCGCCCGCCUGCCCUGGGGCUGCAGCCGGGGCUCUCUCCCCCCAGAUCCCCUCUUGCAGUGCAGGGGGGGGGUCCCACACCCCCCCCCCGCCCCGGAGCGCAUCCCUGCCGGCACCCUGUGAUGGCCCUGGGACCUGCUGCCUCCCCGCAGCCAGCCAGAGAGGAGAAGCCAGCGGGGACGGCCGGGAAGGGGGACUAACCCCCCAUCCAUGGCAGGGGGCAACCGCCCGGGGCUACCGGAGAGCAGCCCAGUGCCCGGGGUCUGCGCCCGUCCCUCGUCCCCCCGCUGUGCGCACCGCCGCCCACGAGGCUCCCGGUGAACCCCGGCCAUGUAGGCGCAGCCCGGGGCUUCACCGACGGCCACCGGCAACAUGCAGCAGGGCUACGCGGCCGUCCUGUGUGUCCUGGCCGUGCUGGGGCUGGAGGCUGCUGCGCCAGGUGAAUGCGAGCUCACACGCCUGCUCCAGGACAAGCUGCAGUACGAGAUGCGCCUGCAGUACAUGAAACACUACUUCCCCAUCAACUACACGGUCCAGGUCCAGUACGAAGAGGUGCUGAGGCCAUCCAACAUCACCCGCCUGCGCAAUGGGACGGUGUCAGAGGCAGCACUGCGGUACCUGUGGUUCCACGUCAGCUCCCAGGCGGUGCUGCGGAUCCGUGAGGUGCUGCCAGAGAGGCACCCAUCCUGGAAGUACACCCAGGAGUUGUGCCAGCUCUUCGACGCCCUGGGCAAGGAGUACAGCAAGUACCGGCAGACAGAUGUGGAGGUGGUGGUGGCCGACCUGGUGAAGCUGGUCCACAGUGGGGGUGCUGAGAGCAGGAGGAAGGCCGUGCGCCCCAAGGCGCUGCUGGACAACUGCCUCAAGGUCAUGCGGAUGCUCUACGGGGUGCCCUGUCGGUGGGAGUCCACCUAACACCGCAGAAGACCCCUUGCUUGAUGCCUUCUCCUUGCCCUGGAGUCUGGGAUGCUGCCUCUGCUCUGCUCCCCCCCCCAGCAGAGCCUCUCGGGGGGGGGUCCCCAAGGAAGGUGCAACAGGGGGACAAAUGCCACCCUCUCCGGGACCAAACACUCUCCCCCUCCAGGACCCCGGGACUUUCCACGGCCACGGGGUCAGCCCCAUCCGAAAUGCCAGGC